UCACAAUCAAUCCAAUCCAGCCCUAAAAUAUUCAUCGUCGUCAUCUUCAGUUGGUUUCGUAGCAAACCAGUUCGUCGUCCACUAGUUCGUCAGCCAUCUUUGUCUCCUCCUACAGCGCAGAGAAUUGUCUUCUGCGUUCUGUUAGUAAUUAGCAACGAGCAGAAUGCAUCCUCCUCUUACACUCCACAGGCACCCAAUGUGCGCUGAAAUUAUUGAAGAAUUUCAGAAAUGUCAUAUAGACCAUCCUAUUGGGAAGUUUUUUGGCCAAUGCACGGAUUUAAAAAUUAAGCUCGAUAAGUGUUUCCGCCAAGAAAAAGCUGUGAAGCGAAAGGCGAAUUUUGAAGAGAGCAAGAUAUUGAAGGAGCGAUUGAGGCAACAAAGAUUAGAAGACGCCCAGACCGGAGAAAAAUAGUGCACAAUAUUGAUGUAAAGAAAAUGAUGCACUUAUUAGAAACGCCACAUGAAUUAAAGUUCCUCCAUGUCAGAUGCUCGGAAGACUCGGGUGAAUUGUGACACUGUAUAGGAGCUUACACAACACAUUCAAUAGCCAGUGAAGGGUAAUCUAUUCGUCUCAGCUUAAUUUUUUCUUUUUCUUUUUAUUUGUUUCCUACCAUAUUUUACAGCAUAUGGCUGAAAGUUUUCCCUUCUCUGACAUUAUUGUGGCUACAAGGAUAGAUGUUGAGAUGAUUAUUAUAUUGGUAACAGAUUUAUUUUGUAUGAGCAUA